AUGCAAACGAUCUUCUGGCCCAACGACAUCAAGAUUACGGUCGGCCAUGUUCUGGGACUGAGGAUCUCUUCAUCGGCACAUUGCGUAGUUGAUGUUACUCCCGUGUCUGAGAGUCCGAUUGAUACGCUGCAACACCGUGCAGACUCCGCGAAGAAGAAGCUGUUGAUAGGCCGUAUCGAUGCCACGGAUGGGACCCUUGGUGGCAGCACGAUCAGUAUAUUCGGUCAAGAUGGCACGGAAUCCACCCUGACUAGCUGUUCCUCUAUCCUCUUCACCCCACCGAACCCGAAUCGCCUUCGCUUUCUCACUCUGAAAGCAAUCUCCGUCACCCCAAAGAAGCUUCUCGAACCGCAUCAAGUAGCUCAACUCCGAGCGGUCUCUCAGCUAGACUCGGCGGACUGCGAUCAAAAAAGCUUACCGGCGGAUAUUGAAGCUACGCUGGAAACGGCCGUUCAGGCUAUCAACCAGUGUUUCCAGCUUCGAAGGCAGUACAGAACUGGGGUCCAGGCCGUUCUACAAGAUCCGAGAACGGCAUUCUCUCCCGAGAUCGUCCAUCCUAGCUCAACAGAAUGGCGGAUACUAGCAUUCUUACUCAGGAUCUCGGCAAUAGCCAGACAAUCCUGCCUUCGAUACACUCAGCUCAGGCAAGCUCCUGCUGAAUGGCAACGACUCAAACUGGAUCUACACUCAGAAGGAUCCUUACGACAGGUCAGCGUACGUUAUGUACAGUUUUGUAAUACGAUCUGGUUGAUCAUUAACGACUUGAUAUUCGGCUGGACUAUCGUCCGGAUCCUCGAUAGCUACCGCUAUUCACUGAUUGAACCUGUUGCUUCUUUCCAAAAGCGUUGGCUGGUCGAGGCUAUUCAAGCAUCUCUUCGGUGGCUUGAUGACUGGCCCGUCGGUCUGAAACUCAACACUCCAUUGAGCGCCAUCUUGUGCAUUACAUUUGGCCAGAUGGCUGAUAUCUGGGACUCCAUAUGGACAAGCUCUUCGUCACUCGUCCCCCGAGCCAUCUUGCUCCUCUCCCUCGGAAGCUAUUUAGGAGGCAGCAUGUUCCUCUCCGUCAUGCAAGACCUCAUCGGACUCUCUACCCUCCAUCUCACGGUCAUCAGCUGGAUCAUGCGGCAGAUAUACCGGUGGGAGGUAUCGGCCAUGUAUUCGCUCUGGAACUUGUUCAGGGGUAAACGAUGGAAUACCUUGCGUCACCGAGUCGACUCGUACGACUAUGAGAUUGACCAGCUGUUCCUUGGCACACUCCUGUUUACGGUUACUAUCUUCCUCUUGCCAACGAUUUUCACCUACUAUGCUUUCUUCUCGCUGGUACAAAUCGCAUUACUCGCUUGCAAUUUCUCGAUCGAGACCGCUCUUGCCUUCAUCAACUCGUUUCCCUUGUUCGCAUUGAUGUUGCGGAUCAAGGAGCCUUCGCGUUUGCCAGGUGGAGUCAGCUUGGAACUCAAACGCGAUCGAAAAGGCUGUCGACUCGGUCCGCACUUGGAAUUGAAGAAUGUACCAUUAUCACUCGGAGCGAUAUUCUCGGGUUUCGGAGCUUCUUGGGCCGAUCUGUCGGCGCAGUACUCACCUGCAAAGUUGUUGCUUGGGAUCAUCCGGGGCGUAUUGUAG